AUGUUGUCCCAACUCUCGUCCCUCAUACCCUCAUUCAGACAAUUCUCGCAACCACCAGCUGAACACACCGUCAGGGUCCCCGUCACCGAAACCCAUAAUGUAGAAACGGCACAGGAGAAGGCCGCAAGGGCUUUGAAACAUCUAAUCAAACUGAAUCAUGCGAACUUUUCUAUAUUGUAUAAUGGGCUUCUGUUUUAUAAUCACAUGCCACAUCUGCUCUCGACAGCAUAUUUGCUUGGCGGAGAUUCUGAGCAUUUAAAUCGGCUGUAUGAGUCUGAAUCGAAAGAGCUGGAGCAAUGGGUUGAUUCUCCAGGCGAGAUCGGAGACAUUGAUUGGGGAGAAUUUUUGGGAAAAAGAGAGUACCAACGUGCAUAUUUAGAUUUUUUCGAGGAUGAAGUUGUGCGCUGUGGGUAUGACUGGAAAAAGGUGGCCCAGGAGUACCUCUGCGCACAUAAAAUGCCUCUGGUUAAUUCUUUGAUAUCUGGUUUUGGGCACCCGCUUAUUCAUUUGGGCUAUGCGUAUGAAAUGGAUAAUCGAGAGGUAGCGAUGGAAGCCUUAGCAAUGGCUGCAUCGUGUUAUGGUGACAUCCAUAAAUAUCUGGAUAACCCAUCAUACCUACGCUCUGCAUCUUCUUACAAGACAACCUCUCUCUUAGAGAUCAUUAACAGGGUACAGAAUGACAAGGCAUUUGAUGGUCUCUUCGAGACCACAGCAGUGGCCAAUUUCGACGUUCUUUUCAAAUCCGGUGAAGCUCCGCUCCUAAAUCACUGGGCCGCCUGGGACGUUGCCGAUGCCACCGAACAAUUCGAGGCCAUCCAGCGUUUUGCAACUGCAUUACUCGUGAAUAGUGGUGCAAAACCUCACAAUUUCUUCUUCGUUCACCUUUUAACCACCACCCAUGCUCUGCGUAUCAUUUUCCCAUCGAUCCCCGCCCAGUAUCAUGUGAACUUGCUUCGGCAAUGGUGGCUGCUUGCGUUGGGGCUAUACAUAGCCGAACUCCGGCCCCAGUUUAACGCUUCAAGCAUAAAUGCGAUCAAAGAUUAUGACCUUGAAGGAAGGGACUGGAAUUGGGUUAGUCAACAUGCAUUGCACCACAAGAUGUCUACAUCAGCUCAUUAUAUCAAACCUCUACGAACAAUGAGGGAGGCGGAGAAGACUUGGGCAGAUCGUGAAUUUUUUUAUUUACGAGCAGCGCUGAAAUUUAUUGAUGAAUUUCAAGGAUGGGGUGGUCUAUGA